AAAUGCAGGUAGGUCAGGCUUUUUUUGUGCAGCGUUUUACAAAUGAGGAAUGUAAAUAAUCUUUGUUAAUAAUGAACAUCUUUAGUUUGUACAGAUGUUUAAAGCAACUACACAGAGGAUUUGAAGCUUUUCAACAUUGAGUUGCACAACAAUGCACUGCUGGAGCAAAUAUGGUCAAGGCUACCCUAAGUCAACACAAAAAUUACCUCAAAAAAUCUAAUCCAUCAGGUACCCCCAAAAUAUUCUAGAUUCAUACUGAAUCUUUAAAUAAGCUGUUUUGUCAGAUGCACUGCAAACAAACAAUGGCAAUCUUAUAAGCAUGGGACUCAAGAUGAUAUCACGCCGCAACCUCUGGUUUUCAAAAAAUGGAACUGAUGCAGAAGAAAAAAGAACCAGAAGUCCCAUACACACCCCGUAAUAUAAUGUUCAUUGUGACAGCAGAAAUGGUACAGAGCUGAUGGAGGCCAGGAGACUUUCAUGGGGACUGGAAGUGUUUUAAACAUCAAAGCUUCUAGAAAGAGAGCCCCAAUUUUCUGCAAGGCUGAAAAUGAACUGGGAAGUUUUCAAUCAAACACAAGACAAAUAGAUGUACAUUAUGCUCCACAGAUCAUGUCCUCAUCUGAUUGCACCAAAACUGCAAACCAGGUCAACUGUUCCUGUGAGUCUACGGGAAAUCCUCCUCCCACUUUACAAUGGAGUUUGGAUGGGUUAGCUGUCAAUCACUCAGAAGAGUUUGCAGUCAGUUAUGGUACAGGUGUGAGCCUCAUCACCAUGAGUCAAGCCCAAUGGAAGGAUCACUUCACUGUGCUUUGUCGCAGCUCAAACUCUCUGGGAUCUGCUUCUCAGCGAUUUAUUUUCUACAGCCUUCCACCAUCUGCAGAAAGUCAAGUGAUUUUGCCUAUCUUCAUCGCCACCAUUGUCGUCUUCCUAGUGCUAGUAUGUGCUCUACUCUUUGUUAUCAGGGCUCAGAGGACUCAACACAACCUGCUUAAGAGUCAGGGGUCAGGUAACGCCAGCACAGUUGCUAUGAACCAACAUCUACCAAGUGGAGAAGGAAAUGAGGAACCCAACAAAACAAAUGAGGGCAUUUAUGCUAACACCACUGAGCUGAAGAAACCAGGUGUCACCCAACCUGCAACUAUCUCUGAGCCAAUCAGCACCAACUUACAAAGCUCAAGCCGAAACAACACAGAAGAUGCCAGUACAAGUUCAGAGAAGAAAAACGAGGAAAGCAAAGAUGUGAUUUACACUAGUGUGACUUGGAGGAGCAAAGGCGAGAAGGAGGGAGGAAGCUCUGGGGACACAAAUCAGUCAGGUCGCUCCUAUCUGGAGGAGAAACGCUUGGAGGGAGGAUUGAACUUUGUGAGCAAUGCAGUAGAGAUGUUAAAUCUAUACGACGAAGUGAAGCCUAGAAAUAUGAAAAAGGACUCUGAAUGUGAAUAUGCCCAGGUUAAAUUUAGAGACUAGAGUGAGAUGCAGACAUAGAUUACAGUUCAGUCCGGACUGGGCCUGGGCGAUAAAACUAAAUGAUAAUUAUUGCGAUGUAAUUUUUGUCAAUAAAUAUGAAAAAUGUUCGAUAAAAGUUUGAUAGAUUUAAUCAUGUAAUUACACCACCAACCACUGGGAAGUGGGGAGCACUAAUGUUCCUUGAGCGCUACGUGCACUGUGCUUAUAAUGGUGAAAUAUUUCAUUAUAGUUUGUCAUGUUCUGAAUAAUUAAACCAUAAUUAACCACCUUGUUUUUUCAACUUUAACUCAGGAGCCAAAAUCAGCCUUUAAAUUUGAAAGAAAUAAUGAUCGACAAUUAUCAAUAUCGACUGAUAUGACAUUUUUUAUCGUGAUAACACUUUUAGUCAUGUCACGCAGGCCUACUCGCUAUCAUAGUUUGGCUCAGUUUACAGCAACAGACUACAGCAGGCUGUAACGUUAUCUAGUGAAGCUACUGAUUGUUGUCACACACAGCCACCAGCUGAUCACUGCAUGAGAGCAGACGGGGUGGAGGGAACGGAGAAAAGACGAAGCAGUGUUUGAAACAACGAAACGAUACACAAUUGAACAGCAACACUUUAUGAGCUCUUUCUGUGUGAAACUCAGCAAAAAUUCUAUGAAAAUAUAUCAUAAAAGUC